GACGAAAGCGAAAGUGAUCGCCUACUGAUCGAGAAUCGUCCUUUCCAAUUCCGGCUACCGAAGAGACAACAAGCAUCUGCUCUGAUCCGUUCUGUUCUUCCCGUAUCGUUUGUGCGUGCGUGUAAUUGUAUAUUAGUGGUAUUAUAAGUAAUUACACCAGUGUGUCCUCUCACCGGACUUCUUUUCUGUUCAGUUGGAAAAUAGUUCAUAAAAUCAUUGUAAAAUGUCUUCGAAAGUACAAACGAACAAUGGUCAACAUGCAACCACCGAGCCACCGGCAGCGCUGGCUAGCGGCAAUGUCCAUCUCGAGACGAUCGAUCGAGUGAUGGGAUUACCGGUGGUCGAUGCCACCUGGCAGCAGACCCAGAUGGUUUACGGACGAGUAAAAGAUUCGAACCGGGUGCUGACAUGGGCGUUCGGCAUGGCGGAGAACGUGGUGUGCCAGGCGGCGACCAUCUCAGCACCGCUGGUCCAGCGUCUCGACCGUCCGCUGCAUUUCGUGGACCAGACGCUGGUGCACGCGCUCGACCGGCUGGAGGUAAACGCACCGAUCCUGAAGGAGCAACCGGGCGAGAUCUACCAGCAGGCCCGAACACGUGUCCUCGAGACAGUGAAGCCGCACAUCGAUCGGGUGUGCGAGCUGCGGUCUGCCUCGAAGCAACGAGUGACCACGCUGAAGGACCUGUCAUGGCGGAAGGCCAACGAGGUACUGGCCACCCAGUACGGUUGUCUUGCCGUCAACGGCAUCGACACGACGGCUUCCGUUGCGGAACGGCUCCUCGAUUACUACUUCCCCAAGACGGAGGAGGACUCCGAGGACAUUAACUCACCAGUGGGCGCCAAGGAGGAUCCGGUAUUGCACACGGUCCAGACGGUUGGCCGGCUCUCGAACAAGGUGGCUUGCCGCGUCUACCAUACUGUGUCGCAUCGUGUUAAAUCGUUGGGUUUGCAGAAUGUGCGGGAGUAUGUGGCCACGCUUAUCGCUGUGCUGCGCCUUACGCAAUAUCUCAACAUCGUCAACGAGAAGCACUCGAUGGUGAAGCAGGACACUAUCCCUAAACGCGACGCUACUGCUGCAACUUCAUCAUCCUCCGCCUCACCGAAAACGGUCAAUAGUACCGCCGUCAACAGCAUCCCUAAACAGCAUCAGCAGCAGAAACAACAGCAGCAGCAGCAGCAGAAGGAACAACAGCAGCAGAAGCAACAAAAGCAACAGUAGGAAAAGCUAAUGCAAUGGCAUUUAUAAGUGUUAAAUUUUUGGGAGUUUCUUCCAUGUAGUCCUUUAUUAUUAAGAAUCUCGGGUGAUUUGCAACAAAAGCAUGACCCAUCUGUUGUUCCGCGACGAAAGGAGAUGAAAUUUGGAAAUAAGAUUAAUUUAUGUUCGAGUUGGACAAGCAAUCGGCAGGAGGAACGGAUAAGGGCUCGCCCCUUCAGAGAAACCCUGAGAUAUAGAUGCAGGGCGUCUAAACAGUGCAAUAUUAUAGUUUUCUCGAUUUGCUAUCGUUUCAUUAAUAAAUAAAAAAGGAAAACCGAUGAACGGCCACGAUUUUAAGUGGUUACGGAAGUACACAAAGGGUUAGUGAAGGUUUAAUACUGUUGCU